GUUCCCCAAGACAAUGCCUACUGCAGUCACAUUUUGGCUCUCAUUUGGCCAACACUUGACCAUCGAUACUGUUCGGAUUGUUACAAUCAGAAUUUUCAGAGACCAUGUGUCAUUCAGCUCUCCAUCAGCUUUCGUGUGGAUUGGAUGAGCUCAGCCCUUCCUGCUGUCAUGUCGGCUAUUUCGUGUUCUGGGACGUUCCGAUACACAUCCUUGUUCGAUUUUUCAUCUAUCUUCCUUCCUAACUCAUUUCUUUUGCAUAUUCUUCGUCUCAUAAGGCCUAUCUCAGACCACACGCGGCUUUAGAUCCCGUGUUCGACCAACCUGUAGCCGUAAAGCUCGUGUCCGAAGCCUUAGUGGAAAGUACGAUCGAGCCUAUGGUGCUGUGGCAAGUAACGUUGUCCUUGGCUGUCAGAAUGCGUGCGUAGAUUCAAUAGUUUCUUCAAUGUGGUACUUACUCGUGAGUGAGAUGAGAAUUUUACGUGCUUGGAGACUUGUUGCUUCAUUUCAUUUUACUUCUUAAGUCGAGACAAGUACACCCUCGUUUUACGAUAUUCAUUGCCAUCAAUCUUUCUCGUUCUUUUCUCAUUUAAAUACCAAAUAACACUCGUUGUAGCGAAGGUUUGAGAUCUAAACUUUAUUCUAUUAAUUGGCCUUCCUUGAACAUUCAAGAUGGUGUUAUUGUACCACCUCGUUACCCAUAUUCUCCCUCUGAGCUUGUUCCUAGAUGCAGCUCUUGGCCAUCGGGCUCAUCGCCGAAAUCCCGCUGAGGCGGAUAAUCUCCCUCAAUCAGAAUCAGUUGCGGUUACCAACCCUCAGGCUAUUAUGACCUCGACAGUUCCUGCCGCACCUCUCGCUACGGUAUCCAUUGGAACGCUAGCUGUCCUUGCCAAUACUACUGUUGCUACCCCCCCUCUAGCAGAGCUUAUUGCUACUGAUGCAGUUGAUACUGUCAGCAGUAAAGUUCUUGUCAUUGCACGAGAUUCAGUCUCCGCAUACUCUGCUUGGAGUGGGCUCAAUGAUCGAGGAAUCCCAUAUGAAACCUUGAUCGUCCCUGCAGCUGGUGUAGCACUACCAACCUUGAACAGUUCAGAAACCCACGGAAAUUAUGGACUCAUUGUUGUUAUGUCAGAACUGAGUUACUCCUACCCUGACUUGGGAUAUCAAAGUGCAAUUACAGCCGACCAAUGGCAAGCAAUCUACAAUUAUCAAACCGCCUUUCGCGUUCGAUUGGUGAGACUUGAUUCUUAUCCAUCCGCUGCAUUCGGUACAGAGGCACUAGGAGCUUGUUGCAAUGAUGGUGUCGAGCAGCUUGUUCACAUUUCCGACAACUCAGCCUUCCCUAAGGCGGGACUCAAGACCGGUGCGACCAUGAGUACCAAGGGCAUAUACCACUAUCCUACUCAAAUCACAAACUCGACGCUGGCAAAGGAGUUUCUACAACUAGGAGCCUCUUCUGAUGGCCAAUUCACUACCGCAAGUACAGCAGGUGUAAUCAAUAAUAUUAAUGGCAGAGAACAAAUGGUGUUUUACGUUCCAUUUUCCACAGAUUGGGCUGUCACAUCUGUAUGGUUGCAACAUGCUUGGAUCGACUGGGGUACAAGAAGUCUCUACACUGGAUACAGAAGAGCACUACUCAGCACACAGAUUGACGAUAUGUUCUUGGAGUCAGAUAUUUAUUCACCUGCUGGGUCGACUUACCGCAUUGGCACGGCCGACUUGGCUCAGCAUAUUACAUUCAUGGGUUCGGUUAACUCUAAAUUGAAUGCUGGAAGUAACUGGUUCAUUGAAGUUGGACAUAAUGGUAAUGGAAAUGUCGAAAAAUCCGAUGAAAUCAACGCAAGCGAAAGUGUCUGUUCUCCUGGACCCAUUGAGUAUGGCGAACAAAUCGAUACACCAUUGGAGUGGGUCAAGCCCCUUGGAACCGGAACCGAUAUCUGGCCCAAAACAUCGGUUCUUUACCCCAAUUAUACCACCGCAUGCUUAAGCGACGAUUCUCUACUCACGUGGUGGAUCACCCCCUCUAAUCUUAAUGCCUUUGCACACAUUUCUCACACGUUCACACACGAGGAUCAAAACAAUGCGACUUACGCCGAUGUAUAUCGAGAGAUGACCUGGAAUCAAGCCUGGCUUACUGCGACCGGAUUUGCCAAUGCAGAAAAGUUCAGUCCACAGGGACUUAUUCCACCUGCCAUCACGGGGCUUCACAAUGGUGAUGCGCUUAGGGCCUGGGCUGACAGCGGUAUCACGCAUGCAGUUGGAGACAAUACCAGAGCGGCUCUCUUGAAUACCGAAAAUGAGCAUUGGCCUUUGUUCACAACAGUUGAGGCCAACGGCUAUGCUGGUAUCCAAGUGACUCCAAGAUGGGCAACCAACAUUUACUACAAUUGCGACAUGCCUGAUUGUACCGUGUUGGAAUGGAUCAACACCAGUGCCGGAUCCGGUGAUAUAAACACUCUCCUUGAGGUUGAGAAACAGACAAAUGUCAGACAUUUGUUGGGUCUUCACCAUGAUGCCUUCAUGUUCCAUCAAGCCAAUUUGCGCUACACAGGAGCGGCAACGUACACUAUCAAUGGAGUGACAGCGCAACUUUCGCUGCUCAUGGCAUGGGUUGAGACCGUGACUCAAGAAUUCGUCCGAUUGGUUGAUUGGCCUCUUAUCACCCACAAACAUGACGACCUUGCUGCUAUAUUUGUCAAUCGAAUGACACGAGAUUCUUGUGGAGCUAGCUUGUCAUAUCAACUCGAUACUACCAGCUCAUCGAUCACAGGCUUCACACUCUCUGCAAAUGGCAACACCUGCUCGACACCGCUCCCGGUCACUCUCCCAGGUUCAGUCACUGAUACCCAAGGGGCCACUGUCGAGCAGAUUGGUAACGACCCUACAACACUGUGGGUCACUUUGUCUGGCGCGCCUGUCAGCUUCACUUUAACCACACCAAUUCCCAUAACGAGCAGCUAAGCACGCCAGUCUUACUCAGCAUAACGCAAGAUUAAUUAUGGCCUGAUCCGAGAAGGGGAGCUGGGAAGGAGCACUUACUGCCAGUAUCUUUUGCCUCGCAUCAAAAACUUUCUCUUCUUAUCAGUGGUACGCGUCUUUACGCUAUCACAAUUCUUGGGUUAAAAGUUUCGUGCUCUUCCUACAUACUUAAAGUAGGAUUAUCACCGUUCAGAUAAUGAACCAUUCUAUCUUAAUGGGAAGCUUCAAAUUACAUCUAUCAUAUAUCUAAUCUGUUCGGGUUCUAACUUUCUCUUUCCUUAUUAUCCUAAGCAUGAAUGUGACCCUACAAAGAUCCUUUUGAGUUCUCUCCUGCUUCAUCAGUGAGCCAAGAUGUACAUCACCAUAUGGAUAUGUCAAUUCAAUUGAAAUAUCGAUUAUCA